UACCAGACUUUUGGGGCCCCUGAAAAGGUGGGAUUGCCCCGUGACAAAUAUUCUAUAGAGGCAUCUUGGAAAAAAAUGAUGAUGAAGUAAGUGAUGAUUCCUUUUUUUUCUGCAGCCGGAAGAGCAGCAAGACCUGCAGUGACGUCAUGUCUGUGGACGCCCAAACCCUAAAGAAGAAGAUGGGCAAGCUGGCCUGUGACCCGGCCGCCCACUCCAUCCUCAGCAGCCUGCUGCUCUAUGUCACGGGCCACGCAGACCGGCCCCUGGGGACAGAGGCCGGGGAGAGCAGGCCCAGCCACCAGCCCCAGACCCAGGAGGCCACCCAGCGGCCCACGCGCUUCCAGCUCCUGCAGGCCAAGUUCCUGGGCACUGGCCGGGAGCGCUACCUCAAGAGGACCCGGGAGGUGGGCCGGCUGAUCUCCAAGGACAAGCAGGGGCUGGGUGGGGGCCUCGUGGGUGCCACCAUCAACAAGCUCCUGGAGAAGACCAAGGAGCCGGCCCCAAAGCCCUGCCUCAUCGAGAAGCCCCGCUGGGGCCACCCGGCUGGGAAGAGCACCGUGAAAAACGUCCUGAAGAUAUUCUUGGCCGCCGAGGAGAAGGAAGCGAAGGAGAAAGAAGUGCGCGAGAAGCCCCCUGCAGAGCGGCCCAAAGCCGCCAGGGGCCUCUUGCCGAAGAUCAUGGGCAAGAGCUCGGUGCUGUCCAAGCUGCGGGAGAAGUUCGAGCAGAACAGCUGCCUGUGCUCCGAGGCCAGUGCGCUGAGGCUGCACACGCAGGAGCGGAAGAAGAGGAACCUGCAGAGGAAGAGGAUGCACCGGCCAGAGGUACGCGUGCUGCACACGGUCACCAUGGCCAGCACCUGCGUCAAGAUACCCCCUGUCCGCUUUCUAGCCUGCACGGCCGAGCCCCUACCGGCCCUCAGCAUCGCCACCAUCGUCUGUGGCCCCAGGAGCUGGCUGUCCCACUGCACCAAAAUCAGCCACUCGGAGGCAAGGCGUCCACCCAAAGGAGAAGCCAGCGUGCGCCCUAGUGCCAGGGAGACGGGGCCCAGUGGGAACAAAGCAGUGGGAAAGGGGCCUUUGGAGGAGGAGCCCCAAAGACAGCCAAGGCCCUCGAAGCCCGUGACACCCCAGGUGAUGGCUCGGAGGGACGGCCAUGCUGUCCCCUCGCUGGCCCCCUCUUGUGCUCCCUGCACAGGUGGAGUCCUUCCUGGCCUUGUGCCUGCAUCAUCCCCACUGGGACCGGCCAGCCCAUGGGGCACCAGAUCAGCCAGAGGUGACGGGACGGCAGACCCCACCGCAGAGAGCACCGCAGGAGGUGUCCAGGAGGUGAGGGGAGCCAGACUCACGUGGUCUCCUGGGCCCCCAGGUGAGAGUGCAGGGGACGGCCCUGAAAUCACCAUGACUGUUUGCAGUUCAGAGGAUGAAAGGGAAGAUGCAGGCUUCCCAGACCCAGGGAGAGACCCCCUCUUUGCCACCCAGAAGUAUUUCCCAGAACAGAAGGUGCCGGAGCACAUCCCACCCCUGAACGCUCAAUCGGUCCAGGCUGCUCGGAGAACACAGCCUGCCACGGAGCCUCCACAGAUAACUGUCCAAAUCCCAGUUGUCCAUGAAAUGCCAGCCCCUCCCACCAGGCUGCAAAAUACGUCAAGUGGUGAAAACAAACCUUCUUGUAUUUUCGGAGGAGAGAAUGUGGUUGAAAGUGCACACACAGAAUUUCCCACCAUGACUGAGAACAGAAGGGGUCACCGAGCCCCAGUGGAACUGAGCAAGCUUUCAGGGAUGCAGGCAGGACUCGGGGCCUCUUCACUGCAGGGGCCACGGGCAGCUCCACAUCCUGCAGCAGCAAGAGGGGCUGUGGGUGCUGACCACAGUGUCCCAGAGACACUUCUGACACACAGACUCCAGACAGAUCCUGCUGGCAGGAAGGAAAACAAAGGCAGCUUUGAGAAUUCACACGGUCCCAGGAAUCCUGACGAUAUUUCAGGAGAGAGGACCUCUGAGCUCAGAGAUGAGAAGCAUCCGUUGCCGGAAUCUAAUGAAAUAUCAACGCAGAACAAGGGCUCUGCAACAAAUUAUCCUGCAGCCUCACAAAACCUUCCGAGGGGAAACACCAGCCAUGCCUCCAGCAGCCAGCAGGUGCCGUCCCCCACCGGGAGAAAGCCAACAGGAGCCCCCAUGUCGCUGGCGGCAUCAUCCAAGGGGCAUACGGGGCCUGAGGGUGUCACCCCGAUGGGCACGACUGUGCCCGGCGCGCUGGAGGAAUGCAGAAGGCCGCCGCUGAUAGAGUCUUCUCAGCCCCUGAAGGCUGCCGACGAAAUCACCAGCCAUGAUGUUCGCGAGAACCCACUGUCCUCAUUAAAUGAACAACCCAAACCAGGUAUGAAAGCCUGUGGGGCGAUGGCAGCUGCAGGGAGCGUUGGGAGCCGCACCACACCUGCACCAGUGCCAGGCAGCACCCAGAGCCCUGGAGACCGCACAGCAGGAGAGCCAGAGACGUGGGGCCAGGGGGGAAGCAGAGCCGUGUCCGAAAGCCAUCCCAGAGGAGAGGCUCUCCCUCAAGACCCUCAUAGCCACGGCCUCCUGGCCCCCGGGGGAUCCUCAGAGCCCAAGAGUGGAGCAGCAGGGAGGAGCCUCCUGAGAGGCGUGGCCCUCGCCCGGCACCCAGAGGCGCCCCGAUUACACAUUUCAAACACGUUGGCAGCCAGCAGACAUACGGCAGCUGUGGGAGGCAGAAAGGAUGUGGCUGUGGAAGGAAACCUUUUGGGUUUCAGCACAAAGUCUGGCAUUCCUGCUUCUGAUCAUCCUACGCCACAGGCAAGGAGCGUGGCAGAGUCCCCCAGCUAUGGCCCUGGACUCCCGCCGUCGCCUCCUGAGAACCCACAGGCAAAGGGCAGGGAGGGCAUCAGGUCUCCCUGUGGGGCGGAGCCUGACCAUCUGCUUCCCGCGGUUCCUCCCGCGGAGGUGGACAUGGGGUGGGUAGGUGGCACCCACCAGCGGGACCCUCCCCAUCUACAGGCACACCUGCCCCCUACUGCUGGUGACACACAGGCAAAGCUCCGGGCCAGUGUCCCCGAGCCUAGGACACAGGCAGGUGAAUCCCAGGAGCGUCCCCUGACACAGGCGGACCUGGGGAGGCAACAGAGUCACCAGGCACAGGAGGAGACCCCCCAGCCCGGGGGUGCGGGGAAGAGGGUGGCACCGUUGGGCCCAAAGGUUGUGCUGAACCCAGCAAAAGAGCCUCAGACACGGUGGGCACAGGAUCUGGCCGGGGACAAAGGGAUGGCCAUUGGGGUUGGGGGCGCCUGCCAGUGCAGUGACCAAGGUCAGCAGCAUCUACAGGGACCCUGGGAGGAGCAGGGGAGGAGCACGGCGUGGGGAGAGGGCACCAGGGCUGCCAAGAACCCAGCUGUGCCUCCAGGGGACCCCAAGGGGCUGGGAAGCCCGGCGGCCCAGGGACAGGCCCCGAAACAGGUUCAGAAAUGGGCCCAGGGACAGGUUCAGGGACACGCUCAAGAACAGGCCCAGUGGCAGGCCCAGAUAGAGGCCCAGGGGCAGGCACAGGGGCAGGCUCAGGGCGGGACCCAGGGACAGGUUCAGAGACAGGCCCCGAAACAGGUUCAGAAAUGGGCCCAGGGACAGGUUCAGGGACACGCUCAAGAACAGGCCCAGUGGCAGACCCAGAUAGAGGCCCAGAGACGGGCUCAGGAACAGACCCAGAAAGGGGCUCAGGAACGGGGACAGGUUCAGGGACAGGCCCAGAAAUGGGCUCAGGGGCAGAUUCAGGGACACGCCCAGAAACAAGGACAGGUUCAGAAAUGGGCCCAGGAAGAGGCUCAGGGACAGGCCCAGUGGCAGACCCAGUGGCAGACCCAGUGGCAGACCCAGAUAAAGGCCCAGAAACGGGCUCAGGAACAGACCCAGAAAGGGGCUCAGGAACGGGCUCAGGGUCAGGCCCAGAAAGGGGCUCAGGAACGGGCUCAGGGUCAGACCCAGACAGAGGCUCCGGGUCAGAUUCAGACAGAGGCUCAGGGUCAGGUUCAGAAACGGGCUCAGGAACAGACCCAGAAAGGAGCUCAGGAACAGGCUCAGGGUCAGGCCCAGAAAGGGGCUCAGGAACGGGCUCAGGGUCAGACCCAGACAGAGGCUCAGGGUCAGGUUCAGACAGAGGCUCAGGGUCAGGUUCAGAAAUGGGCUCAGGAACAGACCCAGAAAGGAGCUCAGGAACGGGCUCAGGGUCAGGCCCAGAUAGAGGCUCAGGGUCAGGCCCAGACAGAGGCUCAGGGUCAGGUUCAGAAACGGGCUCAGGAACAGACCCAGAAAGGAGCUCAGGAAUGGGCUCAGGGUCAGGUUCAGACAGAGGCUCAGGGUCAGGUUCAGACAGAGGCUCAGGGUCAGGCCCAGAAAGGGGCUCAGGAACGGGCUCGGGAUCAGGGUCGGGAACAGGCGUUGACAAGUGGGAUGGCGCCUCGGGCCUGGGAGCAGCCCAUUAGUGGCACAGCUGAGGGAGUGGAUGCUGCUGGCAGGAGUGGGGGGUCCAGAAGCCCAGCCCCCAGGGAUGGUGGACAGUCGGGGGGCAGUGGCCUGGGGGAGCCCAGCGCCGGGCACCCACCGCCAGGAAGCCGCCCCUUCAAGGGCAAGAGUGUUGCCACCUCUCCCCUGGGGCUGGGAAAGAGCCCAGCUGAACCCACGCCCGAGUCUGGGGGCUGCGGGACUCCCCAGGCCCCGGCCCAGGAGGGGCCCCCAGACCACCCUGGGGCUGAGAGGGCCCCGCAGGACAGGAUGCAGGCAUCGGAGCCUGAGUGUCGUGGGAGGUCCAGGCGCCUGGCCAAGUACAAAGCCCAGAGCUUCCGUGACCAGAGGGCCUUCGAUUUGUCCUUCAGACCAAUGAGUGUCAGGGCCAGCGACACGUCUGAGCUCCCAAAGUGAGGCCCUGAGUCCACACCGUGGCUCACCCAGCACUGUGACAUUCGCCCAUCGAGGGACUUCAGGCAUUUUCCUGCCUCCAAAUGCGUCUUGGAGCAUCCCCUACAGAGACGCCUGUUUCCAUAAUUUUCUUUCCCUUCUUCACAAGCUGACCUUGGGAGGAUUGAGCUACAUGUGGGUCGGGUCCCUGUCACCCUACAGAGCCAAGAGGCCAUGGGGGUGGGAGGUGCGGGCCUGUGGCCUCACCAGCCCCUCGGGAUUCUUUGUGUCUUCACUCGAGGGCGCCGGCUCACCCCUCUCUCACACAGCCUGCAGCGUGGAGCUCACACCUCCCAUGUGGCACGGUGUGUGCGUCCCCUUGGAUCUGCAGGAUGCUGGCACUUUGGGACACCUCCCCAGCUCUCAUAGGGCCACCUCCCACUGCUCCCUGCCCACACCCCGCCAUGCCCUGCUCUGACGUGGCCGCAUGGCACCCACCAUCAUGGGCCCAAAGUGAUGCACACCGCCCCACCCUCAUGUCUCGAAAGAAAGGGCAGAGCUUCCUCCAGCCUCAGACGCCCAGGUGGGUGCCGGGUGCUGUGUGGCUGCUGGGCCAUGUGGUGGUCACCAGAGGGUGUGGGGGCGCUGGGAUCCCAGGCCGGAACCAGCUCAUCUGGAGGAAGAGGCCUCAGGAAAUGCCCACGUUAAGUUCUGAGAAAGGGACAGUGCGGAGCCCUGGGAAGCCAGGAUCCCAAGGAAGCUUCGUCUGGAAACUGGGUGCUGGGAGAAUGAACGGGAGCCCGCCCGCCCUUCCCUGCAGUCCCUGCGGGUGGCGCCACUGGUGCCGGUGACCUGAGAGCCUCGCUCUCUGUCCUCCAUCCUCCCGAACAGCGUAGAAGUGUUUCCUGCCCUGGCCUGAGGCGGCCCACGAUUCCGGCCUUGUUCAGGUACUGAGGUAGUGCGUUUUCAGGCUGGAGUAUUUGAAUGCUGUCUAGAGGCACAAGAAGGAAAUCAAAGCCACCUGUGGUCACAUUGCCUCGAGAUGGUUUUUGUUGCUACUCUGGACUAUUUUUUAGGCUCUUCCUCCAUGCAUCUAUUUUAAAGCACAUUCUUCCCCAUGAUGGAGCCAUGCACCUCCGUGUCGCGAUCCAUCAUCCCAGGCCACUCGGUGGCCUCUGAAACCCUGACCCGUGAGGCCACAUGGCUGCCUGAGUGGCCCCGGAGCAGCUGGAUUUUUAGCGUGAACUGAUGCAGCCUGUCGCUCUACGGCCCUGCACCCUCGUUUUUGGUGGUGCCCUCCCUGUGGAAAGUUAAUUCCUGCUUUUUGAAGGUGUCUUGGCAUCUUCUGCCUUUGCUACUGAGCAGUUUCCUGAAACAGCCCUACGCGUUCGCAAAGGCGCUUUGAUGUCUGCUGCGAGCACCUCUGUUUUCUGACUCGAUGUUCCUUUAGAGGAAGGCGUUUUCCAGUGUCGGGUCUGAGAGGGCGUUUAGCAGGCGCGUCCUACCCAUGGCGAGGCUGGGGUCUCCCCUACUAGGGAAGGCCCACCCUGGCAGACACCAGUGGCUUUGGCUCUGCAGCGCCAAGGAGGCGGCAUGACGUCAUGCUCCAGGGAGCAUACAGGUUUCCUUCCAGUCGAACAAUUAACUUCAGAUCCAGCAGGUUUGACCCACCCUCACCUGCUAGGACAUGCGAGUGCUGCUGUCUGGAAGCAGGGCCGGGCUCUGCUGAGCUCUGAGGGGCCGGUCCCCACAGCUCCCCUCACAGGGCACCCGGAGCCUCCUCUAUAAAUCAGGGGUCCAUGCUCCCAGCCCACUUUGAGGGGUUUCUGCUUGGUGUGUGGGUUCUACGUGCGAGUUGCUGUGUGUGGAGGCUCCUGAGUGCCAGGUGCCCCUCGCGUGUGUGGGUCCCGGGGCAGCCCAGCUGCACACAGGACGGUCCGGGGGUCUGGGUGGGGGCAGAGUUGAGCAUGGCGUGUACUUGGCCACAGAAGUCUUGCUGUGAUGCCGCUGGACCCCCGCUAGGAGGACAGGGUCCCCUCUCUCACGAAGCACAUGGGCCUCCAGAGUCCCUGCCCCUGCAGUCCUGGGAGCCUGCAAUUGGGGCUGAAGUUGGCCUCUGGGAGCCACCCAACCGGAGAGGCCCAUGAGAGAGGAGCUCAGGGGUCCAGCAGAGGCUGACAGAGUGGCCUCUUUGUCCUGCUGGCGGCCCCUGCUCAUGCCUGGGGCGUCCUCCCUGGAGCUGGGGGAGCUCAGGGACCCCCAGGUUUGUGUGGCUACCCUUGCCACUCUAGGCACAGUGGUGCAGCCCUCACUCUUUACCUAUUUGGAAUUUGAGGCAAUGAGUGGCAAGAACGUGAUGACGGACACAGGAGGUAAAAAUAUGUUCACUGGCUGUUCCCUUUAGAAAUAAGAAGUGGUGGGACUUGCGUUGCUAUUUUUAAAUAGACCAGAGAGUGCACUGGAGAAGGCAUUGAGUGGUUUUAUUUUAAGUGGUGGAAAAAAUGAUGAGAAUCUCCUCCAGAUGACAGCUCUGGAAGUGUCAUGCCUGAACCCCUCUCACAGUCUGGCGGGCACAGAGUCUGUGAGCGGCCAGGAGGCCACCUGCUCGACUGUCCUGUCCUCUCAGUGUGCCAGAUGCAGCCCAGCGUGACACUGCCCUCAGCUCAAAAUCACCACAGCUACUCUGUGUGCAGGAAAAAACUGCCAGUGAAUUCAUGAGGAUUUGAGAGCGGUCCGUACAUUCACACUAAGCUGAGACAGGGCAGGUUAGAAGAUAGCGCGGGGAAAUAUUCACACUGCAGAUACGGGCAUCACUUCAACAUGGCUAAGGCCCACAUCCUCCCGGGGUGAAAUAACUAUAGCAGAAGAAUGGUGCGCUAACCACCCCCGCGGGCAUUUUAAAUAAAACCCAAAGUUUUUGUUUUGUUUUGUUUUUUAAAAAAAAAAAAA